CAGCCCCGCGCAGCGCUAAAAUGAAUUCUGAUCCCGAUCCCCGCUCAAGUCCCUCUCACUCGCAGCUACAUCUUGGGAGAUCCCAACUGAAUGCAGCCGCUGUGGACCGUGGUGAGAGCAGUCAGAUGCCUGGAUCAGCUUCAGGAGAUGCUGCAACUUCCUCUGCAGUUCCUGGUUACUCCCAUAGUAGAGAGAGAGCUGAAAAAAAUGAAGCCAUGAAGGAAGAACCUGAAGUACUCUUUGAAGAACUGCUUGAGAGGGCCAAAGCUGGAGAACCAAAAGCACAAACUGAGGUUGGAAAACACUUCUUAAGAUUAGCAGAAGAGGAGGAUGAAGAACUUAACAAUUGUAGUGCGGUAGAUUGGCUCAUCCUUGCUGCUAAGCAAGGUCGAAGAGAAGCUGUCAAGCUGUUGCGGAGAUGCUUAGCAGACAGGAGAGGCAUCACUUCUGAGAAUGAGCAAGAAGUGAAAAAAUUAUCGUCUGAGACUGACUUGGAGAGAGCUGUGAGAAAAGCUGCCUUAGUCAUGUAUUGGAAAUUAAACCCAAAGAAGAAGAAGCAAUUAGCAGUUUCUGAGCUACUGGAAAAUGUUGGUCAAGUUGACAAUGAAGAUGGUGAGAAGCAGCCUGGCCCAGUCCCAAAGUCAGUACAGAAGCAGAGAAGAAUGCUGGAGCGACUGGUGAGCUGUGAAUCCAAAAAAUACAUUGCUUUGGAUGACUUUGUCGAAAUUACCAAGAAGUAUGCAAAGGGAAUCAUCCCGUCUAACCUGAUUAUGCAGGAAGAGGAAGAUGAUGAAUUGGCAGGGAAGACUCCUGAAGAGCUACCCUUGCGACUGAAGGUUGUAAAAUACCCACUUCAUGCCAUUAUGGAAAUUAAAGAGUACCUUAUAGAUAUUGCAUCAAAGGCAGGAAUGCACUGGCUGUCUACCAUUGUUCCCACCCACCAUAUCAAUGCCCUCAUCUUUUUCUUCAUUAUCAGUAAUCUGACGAUUGAUUUUUUUGCCUUCAUUAUUCCGUUAGUCAUAUUCUAUCUGUCCUUCAUUUCUAUGGUAAUUUGCACACUGAAGGUUUUUCAGGAUAGUAAGGCCUGGGAAAAUUUCCGCACUUUGACUGACUUACUGCUUCGUUUUGAGCCAAACCUAGAUGUUGAGCAAGCUGAGGUGAACUUUGGAUGGAAUCACUUGGAGCCGUACGUUUAUUUUUUGCUCUCAGUAUUCUUUGUCAUUUUUUCCUUUCCCAUAGCAAGCAGAGACUGUAUACCAUGCUCAGAGUUAGCCACCAUCUCUGUUUUCUUCACAGUGACAAGCUACAUGAGCUUAAGCACAUGUGCAGAACCCUACACACGAAGAGCACUAAUAACUGAGGUAGCAGCUGGUUGCUUAUCCCUAUUGCAGGUAUUGCCUGUGAAUCUGAGCUACUUGAAAUUCUUAGGUAAAACCUUCUUCACCCUUCCCGUAGGCCAUUUCUUUGUGAUCAAUGUCAGCAUCCCAUGCCUUUUGUUCCUGUACUUGUUCUAUCUUUUCUUCAGAAUGGCCCAGUUACGGAAUUUUAAAGGCACUUACUGCUACCUGGUCCCAUACCUGGUGUGCUUCAUGUGGUGCGAGCUCUCCGUGGUCAUUCUGCGGGAGUCCUCUGGCAUUGGACUCAUCCGUGCGUCCAUUGGUUACUUCCUGUUCCUCUUUGCGCUGCCAGUGCUAGGCGCGGGCAUCGCCCUCAUGUGUCUCUUCCAUUUCUUUAAGUGGUUUGUGUCUCUGGAGCUCAUGAAAAUUGUCGUCACUCUGGCUUUGUGUGCGGUUCCUCUGCUCUUCCGAUGGUGGACCAAAGCCAACUUCUCUGUAGUUGAAAUGGUUAAAUCCCUCACUCGGAGCUCAAUUGUGAAGCUCAUUUUGGUGUGGAUUACGGCUGUCGUGUUGUUUUGUUGGUUCUAUGUCUACCGAUCAGAGGGGAUGAAGGUUUACAACUCCACCUUGACGUGGAAUCAGUAUGCGUUCCUGUGCGGGCCCCGCGCCUGGAAGGAGACCAACAUGGCGCGGACCCAGAUCUUAUGCAGCCACCUGGAAGGACACAGGGUGACUUGGACCGGGCGCUUCAAAUACGUGCGCGUUACCGAAAUCGAUAAUAGUGCAGAAUCUGCCAUCAACAUGUUGCCCCUCUUCAUCGGCGACUGGAUGAGAUGCUUGUAUGGGGAGACCUACCCUCUUUGCGACCCCAAAAAUGUGACUGUGGAGGAGGAGGAAUUGUGUCGCCUUAAGUAUCUGACAAAGCAUAAGUGCCACAUGAAAAUGUUUGAUCGGUACAAAUUCGAAAUAACUGUGGGCAUGCCUUUCAGCAGCAAAAAUGGAACAAAGUCUGUAGAGGAGGAUGAUAUAACCAAAGAUAUUGUGCUGAAGGCAAGCAAUGAGUUUAAGAAAGUGCUGCUGAACUUGAGGCAAGGAAGUGUAAUUGAAUUCAGCACAAUUCUGGAGGGCCGCCUUGGCAGUAAAUGGCCUGUCUUUGAACUGAAAGCAAUCACUUGCUUGAAUUGCAUGUCUAAACUCUUACCUGCAGGGAGGCAUGUGAAAAUAGAGCAUGACUGGAGGAGCACAGUGCAUAAAGCCAUUAAAUUUGCUUUUGAUUUUUUCUUCUUCCCAUUCCUGUCAGCUGCCUAAUGAGCUCUUAUGUUGGUUCAGUAGCAUCUUCAAUGUACGUUGCAUUUACACUACCAAAGGUUUGGCAUUAAAAAAGGGGGAAACAAAAGUCCUGCUGUAGCAAUGCUCAAAAUGUGUGCUAACAUAGAGCAUUGGUUGAGGUCUGUAAGUGUGUAUAUUGUAUCCUGCCUUUAUACACCUUAUGACUGAAACGAUACAUACUAGUUCAAUAUUACUGUAAGUGAAUGCAGAGGAUUGCUGCUGAUUACUUGCAUGGACACUCUCGUCUGAAGUGGACUUGUUAUUUGCCUGUGGUGUAACACUAGAUUCCUUCACUUGCUUGACGUUAAAAGCACUUUAAAUAUUCAUACAUGCCUAUACAUAUUUUCAGGCCUGAUUUAGAGCAGAUAUCUCAUCGGCUGCAUUAGCCCUUGUAUCCCUUGUAUUUAUUUGGUGCUUUCUAGAUAAAGGUGGUAGUAAUAUCGUCAGUACCUGGUGAUGAGUAAUGUCUGUGUACAGAAUUCAUUGUUUCACUGUUUAGCAAGAUACAGUGUUUUUUGUUUCUUUUUUUUGAAAAGAAACACCAUUUCACACC